AUGUCCACCGACGCGACUGCCCACUCGAACGCCACCAACACGUCCGCGCAAGUUGCGCCUACUCAAAGCGCGUCUCCGGACAAGGGCAAGGGCAAAGGCAAAUCUGUGCCCGCUGACACUAUGGACGAAGACGAGGACGAUGACGAGGAUGACGAGGAGGAAGAUGAAGGGGACGAGGACGAUGACAUGGUUGAGGAAGACGAGCUUGAGGGAAUUGAUCCCACUGCAAUCCGCCCCCGCCGCACCCGUGGCGUACGCGUGGACUACGCUUCUGCAGAGGCUCUCAAGAAGGCCGGUCUGAAGCCUGAAGUUGCUGAUGAAGAUGAAGCCGAGGAGUCUUUUGAGGUCCGAGACGAGGACAUGCAUGAGGACUAG